AUGUGCCAGCGGCGGAGCCAGCCGAUCCAACGCGGGCGGCGACGUACCGUCCCUUGGUCCGCCCCGAGCCGUUUGCGGGCAGCCGUGCUGACGAUGUCGGUUACUGGCCAGAGCCCGCCGAUUGGAUUGACCAUGACCAGUGGCGUCCGCACAGGCCCGCCGAUCCGUGGCACGUGUCCGUCGAUCCGUGGCAUGUGCCCGUCCCAGCCUCGCGGCCCCGCGCGCCUCCCGACAUCGCCAAGCGUGUCCGGCAGCGCCUGCGUCAUCCGCAUCGGGGCCUGGAGCCUUCGCACGUGCAGGUUCGAAGAGGCAUCCAGGCAGGCGGUGGGGUCGUGGGCCCCUCCGCCUCGCUCCGCAGAGAUGCUGGACAGCGAGCACGCGGAGGAGAACGCCACCACGGUAAUGCUGAGAAACUUGCCGCCGAGCUACACUCGCCAGAUGCUGAUCGACAUGAUCGCAGCGAAAGGGUUCUUGCGGCACUGCGACUUCCUGUAUCUCCCGAUCAAUUUCAAGCGCAACCUCAACGUCGGCUACGCGUUCCUGAACUUCACGAGUAGGGAGCAGACGGAGCUGUUCUUCGCCGCCUUCGAGGGCUUCAGCGGCUGGGACGUGCCGUCGGGACAGGUCUGCUCCGUGUGCUGGAGCGAGACGAAGGGACUCAAGGCGAACAUCGAGCGCUACCGCAACAGCCCCAUAAUGCGAGCCGAGGUACCUGACGGGUUCAAGCCGACGCUGCUUGUGGAUGGGCGCCCCAUUCCUUUCCCGAGCCCCACGACGGACUUGCGCAGCCUUCGCUUUCGAAAGGGCCACGGCAUCAAGGAGAACGUCCUCGAAAGCGAUUUCACACUGCAGUGA